AUGAUAAUAUAUUUGUUAAUAUCAUACUAAUAGGAACAAUAAUCUACUGAGAACUUUGAUAACAAAGAAAAAAUCCUUGGAAUGCUAUUCUUGUGUGGGUUUACUUUUAUGUUCUUGGUAUUUUACUUUUUCCCAGAACUAUCUCCAGAAAAGCUCAUAAGGUUUCCAAGAGGAGCAGACGAUUUGAGAUUGAUAAACUCAGUAAUUUAAAAGCUCACUUAAAAUCACUUUUACCACGUCACUCUGGCAUUUUGCUCACUCUACGUGUUGUAAGUUUACAUUUACUUGGCGUGUCUGAUUCAUUCCUUUAUUAGUUUGCAAACUUUUGCAAUUCCAGGCCCAAUAUUCUUGAGUGUUUUAUCUGGGGCUAUUUUUGGAGGAGUUCCUGGCUUCCUAAUGGUAUGUUUAUGCGCAACUUCUGGAGCUUCACUCUGCUAUACUUUAUCUUGGUUACUUGGAAGAAACUUAGUGAAGAGAUUUUUCAAUCAGAGACUAAUUUAAAUGCAAGCAUAGCUUGAAAAGCAAAAAGAUAACCUUAUCUUCUAUCUUCUGUUCUUAAGAAUUACUCCAAUAGUGCCUAACUUUUUCAUUAACAUCUCUUCACCUAUUUUAAAUGUACCCUUGUCUAAGUUCUUUAUUGCUACUUUAUUUGGCUUGAUGCCAAUGAACAUCAUUCAUGUUAAAACAGGUAUGAUGCUCAACGAUAUUUAAUAAGUAGGAGCUGAUUUCAAGGAUUCCUUUCCUUACUACCCACUCUCUUCAAGAAAAAGUUAGAAGAAAAAUAUGCUUGAUUUUAAGGGAAAAGUUAAAACAUUCAAAUAGAAGUUUAGUUAAUCUCAAUCUUAUUAAUUGUAUUUUAAUUAAUUCUAAAUAAUAAUUAUAAAAAAUUAAAUGUCAGUGAGACCAAUUACAUACGGAGAAGACACUAAAGCAACUGGCCACCCAUUCGUCAAUAUUGGUGCUGUUUUCGGAGGUCUUCAAGGAUUACUAUACUUCUUGCACGUCUAGAGAAUCCCAUUCAGAUCAAACUGGUUUGCUCAGCCUAGAUCAUUUGCAGCUUUCGCUAUUCUUGCUGGAGGUGGAUAUCUUGCAGGGGGUAUUGGUGCAUUACUAUUUUUCACAGAUCGUGAGCUUUUGAGAUUGAAGAUCUCACAUAACAGAGAUGAAUUAAACAUGAUUGAGUCUCAACUCACCCCUCUUAAAUGA